AAAUCCUCCCAAACUCACAACCCUCUUCUCUUCAACAACCUAUACAACACGCAUCAAAACAUGUACCUUAAUCUAGUUCAACCAAAUUCACACCUGGCAAAACCACCAUCUUUUUAUUAUAUUAUUCCCAUAUAGAGACACAAUAUUGACUCUCACUUUCUUUCCUAAUCUCUUUCCAUUUUCAUCUCACCACUUUUCAGUUUUCCCCCCAUGGAUUCCGGCAACAGCGGCAGUUUACAGUCCUCUAGCGGCGGCGGCGGAGAUAUAAACCACUACCCCAUACCGAUUCUCCAAUCCCCCUCUAAUUUCUUCAAUCCGUCGUCGUUUUCACACCCACUUAACCCUAACCCGUACGAUCUGGAUUCGGAUUCUGUCUGGUCCAGAAACCCGACUCCGAAUCCGAUUCACAACUCUUAUUAUCCGAUAGAUGAUAAUAAUAACAGUAACGCUGAAAAGUUAGGUGUAAUUACGAAAAACCCCAAAAAACGUACGCGUGCUUCUCGGCGUGCACCAACAACCGUUUUAACCACCGACACAACUAACUUCCGACAAAUGGUUCAGGAAUUUACGGGUAUCCCAGCCGCGCCGUUUUCUACGUCAGCAUCGUCGUCAUCGGCUAGUUUUUCACGCCGGCUUGAUCUUUAUGGCUCGGGAAUGGCGCCGAUGUUGAAGCCGUCGGCGCAGAAGGGUCAUGUACAAGUACAGACAGCGUAUUCGAAUAAUAUAAGUGCACCGACGAGUAUUUUACAGUUACCCCCUUCGGAAACUUUUGGGGUUACGAAACAGCCCCUGAAUUUGUCUAAUUUGCAAAAUCAGACGUUUCCGUUUCAGUCUUUUUCAGAAACGACUCAAGUUAAUGUAAGGGAAGUUACGGAACAUUCGGAUGCGUUUGUUGGUUCGUCUUCGAUGUUGUUGAAAAGAUGGAGGGGUGAAAGUGAAAAUUUGGUGAAUUUUGAGGGGAGGAAUGGAAAUGGAAAUGGGAAUUCUCAGAACGUCGUCGUUCCGAUGAGAAAUGACGGCGGUCAGUUACCAGGUAACGAGGAUUCCUGGAUUUGUCCUUCGGAUUGAUUAAGGUUAAUUUUAAUAUGUUUUUGUUUUGUGUAACAAUUUUAGGUAAUAAUUUUGUUAUACCAAAUUACAAUGUGGGAUAUAGGGUGAUUUUUGUUGAUUAUUUUAUAUCAAAAUCACCGGUUUAUUAUUAAUAAACGUAUAUUAUUAACAUAAUACUAAU